AUGAACGACCAGUCAAAAACUUUAUUAUCUCGCGAUACCCCAAAGUCAUCUCCUUCUGCAUCGGAGAGGUCAAUCGAAUCAAAAACUAGCGCCAAAGAAAAAUUCUUCUACUACAAAAGUCUUAGGCUAAGCAGUGAACAGCUUCGACUAUUAAAUCUAAAGCGCGGGUCAAAUACGGUCACAUUUUCAACCUCCAGAGGUGCUACUUGCUCUUCAAGAAUUUUUUAUUGGUCUUCAGACUGCAAGAUUGUGAUCUCAGACGUUGAUGGAACCAUUACAAAGAGUGAUGUUCUGGGACAUUUAUACACAAUGGUUGGUAAGGAUUGGACUCACUCUGGAGUGGCUCGUCUUUAUUCUUCAAUCAAAUCAAAUGGCUAUGAAAUUUUAUAUCUGACGUCGAGAGCAAUUGGGCAGGCCGAUUACACCCGAAUUUAUUUGAAAAAUAUUGAGCAGGAAUCGUUUAGUCUCCCCGAUGGCCCGGUAAUCAUGUCUCCUGACAGGCUAUUAGCGGCCUUUCAUAGAGAGGUUAUUCUCAAGCGUCCAGAUGAAUUUAAGGUAGCCUGUCUAAAGGACAUUAGAAGACUGUUUGAAAAUUCUGGAAAUUCUCUUCCCUUUUAUGCUGGCUUUGGCAAUAGGCCCACAGACGCCAUAUCUUAUCUUUCUGUUGGAAUUCCCUCGAGCAGGAUUUUCAUCAUCAACAGCAGUGGGGAGGUCCGCCUUCAGAAUUUGGGCGCUGUAUAUCAAAGCUCCUAUUCAGAAAUGGAUAAGUUAGUAGGUCAUUUUUUCCCCCCAAUCUCAAACAUUGUCAAUCAAGUUCCUUCUCGAAACUCAUAUGCUGCCUUACUUUACGACCAAUGGUCUGAUUAUCACUACUGGGGAAAUUCUCCGAUUCUUUUGGAUGACAAUCCUACACUUACGACAAAAACACCACCUUCCCCCAUUGGAUCGAUAAAUGAAAAACGUGUGGAAACAUCCACCAGAUCUCCAAAAAAAAAUGAAAGGCAUUUUCUAUCCAUCGAUACCUCAUCAACAUCAUUAGAAUCUCCUUUUAUCGACAAAUCAAUAGUCAGCUCUUCCCUCUCCCAAUCUUCCCUUUUAGAAUGGAACCAAAAUACACAAGUAGCUGCUGGGCAAGAAUCGGAAGGAGAGGAGGCUGAGGAGCAUCCAUAUUUUUAA